AUGGAAGCACGAUGGUGGGAGGGUGAUGAACAUGGGCAUCGAUGGACAUGGAUAUCAUCGACUGGCCCGGCCACGGUCGAAGCGACGACGCUCGAGUUGCAUCACGACGUUGCUUGGAAGCAUGGCAGCUCAUUCUGCGACCAGCGGGCUGCCGGAGAGGCCAGGAGGGGCGCUUUGAGAAGGGCUGAUUUGAUGAGGGCGGCGGCUCGAUUGGAUUCGGCAGGGGUCGGCCGGCAUCUCAUGCAUGCAGUGCCACGUUGGCGUGGGAGAAGCCCAAUGGGCUUGGACCAGGCGCAUGGGCAGUGGGCAAGACGGCAGCAGGUUGAUGAGUUGUUCGUGCGGGGGAGCCUGGAAAGGCUGGAGGAGGAGGAGGAGGAGGAGUUGUGA